UUUGACACAACUAACAAUUUUAGUGACAAGAGAGACGCAAAAAAAAAUUCGGAGAAAAAGAUCUCCAAGAUUUUGGGGGGAAAACGAGGCGGGGAAGUGCAGCUGGGAAGAAGGAUGAACAAUGAGGACGAGGAUAUGUUUUUUGUGGAUGACGAAACGGACGCUCUGAAAGUUUUCCACGCGUGGGGCCUUCAGUCGCGUACUAUUGAGCGUCUCCUGUACUGUGGCAUCACCAAGAUCAUCCACCUGAAAUUGAUGAUUCCCGCAGAUCUGGAUGUAGUCUUCGACGAGGCAACACGGCUUGGGGAGAAGAUCCUCUUUAGGGAUUCCCUCAGGACAUGGAGGGAACACAAUGGGCUGGGCCUGAUGACACAGGACAUGAUGAAUACGAUGGAGGGACAAAAUGUGGAAUCACCAACGAGCUCCCCGCAGAAUUCCGUUGAAUCCCGCAACAUGACAUCCACACCGUUGAACCUGUUGCAAAUCGCCGAAGGAUUUAACCUGCGUGAACUCCUUCGGAGUACACUGAAGGGUGUGAAGCUACUCGCAUCCUACGACAAGGAUCACACAUUGACGAGUUCUGAACAAUUGUACCUCUGCCACGUUAUUGUGGACUUUCACAUGGCAACACGGCAGAGGAUGACAUCCGAUGAGAUGGCAUUCUAUGCUAAAGAAAUCAUUAAAUCCUUCCCCACAGAGCAUGAGGUGAGAGAAAACUCUUCGAAAAAAAUUUCUAAAAAAUUGUUUGAUAAAAAAUUAAUUUUUAUUUCUUUCCUACAGAGCACAUACUUUGUUCGACGUCCUGCAGGAACGGGCAGGAAGCCACAGGGAAAGCUCUACUACCGGUAUGCAAAUACAAUUUUUAAAUUCAAAAAAGUAGCUGAAAAACGUCGUGAGAGUGGCCUUCUGGACUUUGGAUAGUCCACCGCGGUGCCCAUCAGGUGUAUCACAGAGCAAUCGAAGAGAGGCCCCAUCAAGUAUUUUCCUAUCACACGUGCUUUUGUAGAGAGGAUCCAUCUUCCUGACAACAUUAGCGGACUGAACAAAUCAUUAUAUAAAUAUUAAAGAUUCAUUAAUAAAACUACAUCCUUUUUACGAAAAAAA